AUGUAUCCUCCUCUGGAUGAUACCAGUAAUUUGAUUGGUGGCAAAGGCACCACCGAACGCCAGGAUGUCUUGGUGGGGAAGAGAUGGGAAGGCAACGACGUGCCAGCGUCGAUUAUUGAAGCGGGCAGACUAUUUUCCACGCAUGUGAAGAUGACACGAGCAAUGCAACAACUUUGGGACGAACGCGAGAACUUCAUGAAGUACGACCGUGGUUGGAACCAUGAGCAACCCUCUCGUGUGCCUGACUAUUCGUGGACCAACAACUUGCCAGAGGAUAUGAACCACCUUGACUUAGAUGGCAGCGAGCAGUCUUCCCAAUCUGAGCCCAAGAUACCUAGGGAGAAGGUCGAUGAUCCAGAUAUCCAGCGGCGACUUGAUGCUGUGGAAGACUUUUAUACCCACACCUUGGCUCACCUUCAGUCCAUUACCAUCGUCUUCUUGAAGAUCAUUCUCACGAAUGUUAGCGCCGUGGUUAACCAGGCGAAUGCAUCCAACUCACAAAGCAUGCUCGAUAACAUUCGAUUACGGGAGAUCACUGGAAAGGCUGUUUCUGGAACCCUGAUUCUCAUGCUAAAAUGGUUCAAGCGGUCUCAUAUCCUCAAAUUCGAGUAUAUGACUCAGCUCUUGCUUGAUUCGAAUUAUCUCCCAUUGAUUCUGAAGAUGUUCGCUCAUCAGGACGUUGACCAGGCGGUUGCGCAGAAAAAUGACCGCGAGGAAUUAUCAUUCUUCCACUUCUGCUCCGAACACACUGACCACCGCAUCGACUCACAAGACGAGAACGGCGGAGACACCGAGAGCGAAGACGACGCAGCUCCACCCCCGAUCUCCCGCCACCGCCCCAAUGUGAACGGCACCAACUCCGCUCGCGGAUUAUCGCCCGAAGAGUCCAUUGCAGAGCAACUCGAGGGACCUACGCGACCAGAGGUUGACGAACUAGGCUAUCCCACCGCACCACCCCCCAAGGAGCCAAUCACCAUCUUCUCCUUCCGCAACUUCUUCUCCGCCAUCAACUACCUGCACAUCAUGCAAAAAAUCACGCGGGACAAAGCGCACCGCUGCCUCCUUCUCGUGCAAUAUAAGUCCAGCACGAUUCUGCGCAAGGGUCUUAAGAUCCCGGACCCCCAUCUGCGCUUCUACACCCUGAAGCUAUUCAAAUCCCAAGUCCCCUACUGCGGCCGUAAAUGGCGCCAGAGCAACAUGCGCGUCAUCACGGCUAUCUAUCUCUACUGCCAGCCAGAACUUCGCGAUGACUGGCUCGCUGGGUCGGACGUGGAUGCUGAGGUCGAAGAAGCGCUGCCGUUGGAGCAGGCGCUUCGCGGACUCACGCAUUGGUGGCAUCUACGGCGGUACAAGGAUGUCAUGGGUGGGCCGGAGGGUGCGUCAAUGAUGGAAGAAGAGCGCGACUUUUUCGUUCGUGAACUUGAGUCUAUGGAUUGGGGUGGUGAGGAGAUGGUUGAGGAAGGUGAUGUUGGUGGUAACCAUGCGAUGAACGGGACUGAAUGGGAUGGUGGUCUUCAGGUGGAGGGUUGGGCGUGA